CUCGAUUCUCACCGUCCGACACCUUGCCCGGCUAGCCACUCGACCAUCCACCACGCACGACGCCAAGGCUCCCUCGCCAGCAGCCCGUAUCACUGGGUCGUACUGCGAUUCUGUUCACGGACACUCAUAGACAUGCCGAAGUGCGGGAACGCUGCCCGGCCGACCUUUGGCCGGGGUCGACCGGUUCAACGCAAGAUUGUGGUCUGCGGAGAUGGCGCGACAGGCAAGACUUCGCUGCUGAACGUCUUCACGCGCGGGUGGUUCUCAGCAGUAUAUGAGCCGACGGUGUUUGAGAAUUACGUGCACGACCUGUACGUGGAGGACCAGCUGGUGGAGCUUAGUCUGUGGGACACAGCCGGUCAAGAAGAGUUCGACCGUCUGCGUUCACUGAGCUAUGCGGAGACGCAUGUCGUGAUGUUGUGCUUUUCCGUCGAUAACCCAACAUCACUCAUCAACAUAGAGGCUAAGUGGAUCGACGAAGUGCUCGAGUAUUGUCCAGGAGUGAAGCUCGUCCUAGUCGCCCUGAAAUGUGACCUGCGUGAGGACCGGGCAACAUCAGAGCGGCUCGCCCGGUACGGCGUACACACGGUACAGUACGAAGAGGGCAUUUCCGUAGCGCGUCGAAUACGCGCUUCACGAUAUCUCGAAUGCAGCGCAAAGCACAACCGGGGCGUUGCGGAAGUCUUCUACGAGGCCGCGCGCGUAUCGAUAAGCACACGCGCGAAAGGUGCGGGCAGCUAUGGUGGGAGCGGCUGCGUCAUUCUAUAGCCUCGCCCGUCUGCUAUCGCGACCUCGUUCUGCUUGACAUGUACAGUUGCCCGGAUACCCGUCUUGGAUGAUAUCACGCUGGUCGUCCCCGUCGUCUUCACACUGUUCUAUGCUUUCGCCGCUUUCCUCGUGAUGACCCAGCCCUCUUAUGUCUAUUCUUGCUUCGCAGACUCACAGACACACACUACAUUAGCCACACCCACUCGCCGAUCAGUGCCUACCUCCGCCCCCUUGUACUUACUAACCUACCGUCCUGUAUUUUUGGUAACUCCUUGGAACUACAGAUACAUGCCUCGUGGACUGUCACCGCCUGCGUCUCAGCCAGCGAAUAAUGAUUUUCAGCCUUAUACAUACAUCGUUAUGCAGCUUCUGUUCGUGCCAGUGUGAA